GUGUCUGCUGACCAAAACAAUACAGCAGGCAGAGAGGAGCUCUGCGAGGACAAUAUGAGUGAAUGUGUUUGUUUACUGUGUGAGGGAAUAAUGGGAAUCUUCUGCGGCAGAUAUAUGAACUUUAAUAGCAGUGCUGUGCUAAUGCUAGCAAUCUAAUUUAUUGGUCGAUAUGUAAAAGAAAUAUUUAUUUAAAUACUCAUCAGUAUUAUCAAAAUUAACACAAUCCUCUUUAUUUCAUGUCAGUAGUUCUUGUUUUUCUCUCACUCAUAAGUUAAUUAUAUUGGCUUCAGUUUACCGAGCAAAUUACUUAAUCAUAUAAAGAGUCUCCUAUAUAACAUCAUACUAUUUAUUUCCUCAGUCAGUGUAUAUGAAUCAGAUUUCUCUGUUCUCCUGAAGCUCUCCUGCCAUCAGUGAAAGACAAAGACAGAGUUUAUUGAAGGACAGUGAGAAGAUGAGUGAUCCAGAACCCUUCAGAAUUAAACAGGAAGAGACUGAAGAACUAAUAGAUGUGAUGGUGAAGGAGGAGAGCGAAGAACUGAGUGAAGAUGAGGAGAAACAUCAUGUCAAAACUGAAAUCAAAGCUCACAUAAUUACUGAAGAUGCAAUGGAAAGAACAGCCAUGAAAUGUUUCACCUGCACUCAGUGUGGAAAGAGUUACAGCCACGAAUACAAUCUCAAGCGUCACAUGAAGAUCCACACUGGAGAGAAACCUUACAAGUGUUCCUACUGCAACCAGAGUUUCAAUUGUUCAGGAAGCCUGAAUAAUCAUGAGAGGAUCCACACUGGAGAGAAAACGCACAGAUGUGAUCAAUGCGGCAAAACAUUUUUGAGUUCUUCAGAUCUGAUGAGACAUCUUGAAGUUCAUACAAAGGAGAAGCCUUACUCAUGUGCAGAGUGUGGAAAGAGUUUUACAACACAAGCACAUUUUAAAGCACAUCAGAAGAUCCACACUGGCGUGAAAGAGUUUGUCUGCUUUGAGUGUGAGAAGAGUUUCUUUAGAGCUGAACAACUGAAGCUGCACCAGAGGAUUCACACUGGAGAGAAACCGUACAAGUGUUCACACUGCGACAAGACAUUCAGAUGGUUACAAACAAUGAAAACACAUGAGAGGACUCACACUGGAGAGAAACCCUUCACAUGUACUCAGUGUGGGAAGAGUUUCAGGCAAUCAUCAUCCUUUUAUAAACACAUAAAGAUCCACACUGGAGAGAAAACACACAUAUGCGAUCAGUGCGGGAAAAUAUUUUUAAGGCCUUCAAAUCUGGAGAAACAUCUUAGACUUCAUACAAAUGGGAAGCUUUAUUCAUGCGCUGAGUGUGGAAAGAGUUUCACAACAUCGUCACGUUUUAAAGACCAUCAGAAGAUCCACGCUGGUGUGAGAGAGUUUGUGUGCUUUACAUGUAAGAAGAAUUUUUUUACAUCUGGAGACUUGAAGAAGCACCAGAAGAUCCACACUGGAGAGAAACCGCAUGCGUGUUCACACUGCAACAAGAGAUUUACUAAUUCAGGACAGCUGAAAGUACAUGUGAGGAUUCACACUGGAGAGAAACCGUACACGUGUACUCAGUGUGGGAAGAGUUUCACACAAUUAUCACACCUUACAGAUCACACAAGGACACACACUGGAGAGAAACCGUUCGUUUGUUCUCAGUGUGGGAGGAAUUUCGCACAAUUAUCAAACCUUAUAGAUCACAUGAGGAUCCACACUGGAGAGAAAACACACAAAUGUGAUCAGUGCGGGAAAACAUUUUUGAGGCCUGCAGAUCUGAAGAAACAUCUUAGAGUUCACACAAAGGAGAAGCCUUAUUCAUGAGUGUGCAAAGAGGUUUACUCAACAAUUCCAUUUUAAAGUAUAUCAGAAGACCCACACUGGAGAGAAACCGUACACACACUCGGUGUUGGAAGAGUUUUGCUUGAUCGUCCACCCUAAUGAACAAAGAUAGUGGUGGAAGGGGGGAUUCUUCAAGGUGAAGAUAACUAAAGUAAGAAACUCUGGUUAUUUCUAGUGAGUUAGGAAUCAUCUGAUUGGUGGAUCAUGCGUUAGUUAAUGCAGGACCAGCUGUGAUCAAUCAUAACAUGCUCCUUAAUUAGUUUUUCAAAUAAACUUCGCCAAGUAAAAAAUGGCGUAGCGAAGGUUCCGGUGACGUCAUCUAUCUGAAAGAGAGAUAAACUUCCCUUGAUACACGCGUGAAUGCGUCAGACUGAAACGCAAGGUCGUCCGUCAGGUUUUCGCAGUUCAAUAUGUUGCAAAGUUCAAGCUUGGUGAACUCUGACCUCCAAAAUCGCAUCAUUUGACUGUGUGAGACCAAUCGAGGGUCAAAACAUGACCUCUCUGGACAGAAAUGUAAAGUAUGGAGCAAUCGCUCACUUUUUUAAAUGUCUAAUCAUCUUGUUUAAUCCCGCCGCUUUUCGCAAUGGCGUACGACAGAAUUACACAAGCUCAUAUCUAGUGUGACCGCAGCUUUAAUCAAAAGAUAGCAGAGGCGAUAACGCCAAUUGGAAAAGCAUUAGACCGCGUUCAAAACAUAGACCAGGUGAUGAGCUAAAUGAUAAAAGUGAUGAGACAACAAGACCUUAAACUGCUCGACCAAGAAGGGAGGUCACGACGGGGAAAUAUAAAGAUCUACAAUGUCCCGAGGGGGCAUCGAUGACACAGUUUAUAGAGAAGUUUCUACCUGAUGUGCUGAAGAUUACGCCGACUACAGAACUUGAUAUUGAGAGAGCUCAUCCAGUGCUCGCCCUAAAACCAACAGGUAAAAGAGGAGAAAUAAUCUAAUUCCACCGCUACAAAUUAAAGUGGAGAUUCUACGCAAAGCCUGGGGAAAAAAAAAGGUGGCGAUAUACUUUGAUCAAGAUUACUCUCUAACGGUUCUGCAGAAAUGCACGAAAGAUACUGAGGCGAAACGAGUAUUAAAACAGCAGCACAUACGCUUCCAGGUCCCUUCACCAGCUAAACUUCAGGUGUUUUAUGAGGAUGGGACACGACUGUAUCAGAUGGCAGAGGAGCCGACUUCAGAUAUGAAGGACAGAGGACUGCCCGUUAAUUAACAACAGGUGAUUUAAUUAUGAUGUGUAAUCCAUGACAGUAGCAUGUUACCAGUAUCUCAUUUUGAACAAAAUAUUAGCGCAUAUAAAAAUAUGGUGACUACUUUUUGGUCUGUGUAUUUGUACCGCCCCUUCUCUGCUGAUUAAAUAUGCUGCAUCCACAGAGCUCACAAA